AUGCAGCGCCCAGACACCAGCAGCCUCAGCCGCCGCUGCCCCCGGAGCCAAGACCAGGGCCCCGACUCUGGAGCAGAGACCGGAGGGUCAGAAUACAGCUGUGUGUCAUCUUCCAGCAGUGAGCUCUCUGUGGAAGAUGUGCCCGAUCCAUUUCUUGUUAGCUUGCACAUAAUUGCAAAUCCGGGAGAAUCCGCUACUCUCCAACAAGCCAUUGAUAACCUUUUGUCCUGGAUCCAUCCAGACCUCCAGCUCUUCCGGGUGUCAGAGAGGCGGCUACCAAUGAAGCCAAGGAAGCCUCACAAGGCUAUAGCUUCUCAGCCAGCCCUUGCCGUGAUCAUCUUCUUGCAAGAAGACUUUGACGGGGAACCCAUCCUGCAGCUCCACGAGGCUUUUCAAAGUCCCCCCUGGCAUUACCACCACACUGAGCGAGUGCAUGGGAAGUUCCUCCCUUACAUGCCAGGCAGCCAAGACUUCUUCAUCUUGGUCCCUGGGACUCCCUUGUGGGCCAUCCGGCCAGUGCAUUAUGGAAAGGAAAUAAUACGCUUUACCAUUUACUGCCGCCAUGAAAACUUUACCAGCACUAUGAAACUCUACGAGAUAAUUCUGAAAAAACAAAUUCGUCAGCAAAAGGCAGACUUCUGUGUGUUUCCUAUCUAUUCCAACAUGGACCUAGAGGUGCAGUUCUCAUUGAAGAAGCUCCCGAGAGGCCUUGUGCCAAGUCCCACGGAGUCGGCUGUGCUGGAGUUCCGCGUGAAGGAUAUCCGGCAACUCCUGCCACUCUUGCCCAAUCCCUGCAGCCCCAUCAGUGAAGGCAGGUGGCAAACUGAAGACCCUGAUGGGAAUAAGAUCCUUUUGCAGCAAGUUCGUUACAAGAGGUGUGCUAAGCAGAACAAGUUUUGCUGGUUGUCUCCCUCAAGGAACCUUCCUCAUACACCACCACCAAGUUUUGUUCCUUACAGCACCAGAUGGACGCUGAACAAAACCAGUGAUUCUUCCAAACCCGUUCAGGCAAUCACUUUGCACCAUGCCAAUCCUUGUCUUGAUGUUUCCCAGCAAGAUUUGAGGACCUAUGGCCCAGAAUGCUUCCCCAACAGAGCUAGUACUGCCUCGACUGACUCAGGUUCAUUUCAGCGAAGCAAGUCUCUUGUAUGCUUGCCCACUGCAGGCUCUUCCCUGACCUCUCAGUCUUUCUAUUUCAGUGAGCCAAAUUCAUUAAGCACUUUCUCUUCUGGGCACAAGAGAAAAACCAGAGUUAAUAUUGAUGACUUGGAGGGAGUUCAGGAGACUGAUGUUGAUACAGGGAUGAAACUUGCUUUCUCUGAUCUGUCUGUGGUUUCUGCUUACUCAGCUCCUGAAACUUUCAGUACUGAGAAGGAAGCAAGGACAGAGUGUCUUCCACAAAAGCAAAGUGUUAAUAGAUCUAAGUGGACCAUCUCUAGAAGAAAAUCUCCUUCAUCCAAGUGUAACCUCCUUGAAUUAUCCUCCAGUUUAUUUCCUUUUCCUUUCAAUUGGUCUUGUGGCUCUUCUCCAUCUCUGUCAGCCUCGUCUGUGGCUCAUUUUGAGAUCAAAAGUUUGCCAAAGGGAACAGUUUUUUCUUUUGAUGACAGCAGAACAACUGGUGGUGGUGAGGAAAAUGAAGAAGAGUUCUACAUCUGAAUUGCUUCCAUCUCCCUGCCUCUCUGUGUAAGUGUGCAUGUUUAAGAGGUAGAAAGUGGAGUAUAGAAAAGCUACUGUCUAGAUUUCAACUGCUGGAAUCCCCUAUGGGGAUUCUGGAAACUGUGAUCCAAAAAUGUAACUUUUCUGAGUUCUAGUAAAAAGAUUGCAUAUUCAACAGGACUCAAGAUUCAAUUCAAAAUUCAAGACCAACAUAGCACUGUUUAUUAUCAUUUGAUUCCAGAACGUUCCUGGUGACCGGUGGUUAAGUGUGUAGGUUUCUUUCUUGGGCUGCUGCAGUUUGGACAGGUCAGGAAUCAAGUUUGCCAUCACUUAUCUA